GAAAAGAAAGGAAGGGGGGGAAAGCUCAAAAAAAGAAGAGGAUAGAAGAAAACACCUGCAGUUGCCCGGCCCCACUAUAAUACGGAGAACGGAGCGCGGAGGCGGAAAUGUAUAUGCCUCCACAAACCGUUACGAUGCGCGCCGUUCGAUAAGUAAUACCAGAUAAGUUCCACUUUUAAGGUGGCACCGUAUAACUACUGGCUCGUCGUUAUGGCGUCGGGCUCCAACUGACUGCAGUCAGCACGGAUAGAAGCAGUUAAUUAAUACAAAUUCAUCUUGCGUGUUACAAAUUACGUGAGGGAAGUUGAGAAAUACCUGUUAUGAAGUACGAAGAUCGGAGCUCCCAGUAUUUCUCCCCGCCCCUCGAGCCUAAAUCUAUACCUGUCUUGGUGUAAUAACCUACCUGGUAACGUUCUUUGUCCAGCAGCUUAAAACUCUCCGUUACCCCCGCUACCCUCCUCUUCCCUCCGGCACCAGAUACAGCUAUCAACACCUAAACCCGGACUUCUCCUUUCGCCCAGCAAGAUGGCGGGACUAUUAAAUGACCAACUUGCCAGUGCCUCAUAUCCGCCAGUAGCCCCCAACUGGGGCGCUGACUAUUGUACCAAUCACUACGAUACGUACGACUAUAUUAAUCCCGCGACGAAGUCCAAUUGUACAGGAAAGGCCAUCUUAGUAACCGGUGGAAACAAAGGGAUUGGAAAAGGUGUCGCUAUAUCUUACGCUAAGGCAGGCGCUUCGCACAUCGCUAUUACGUCCCGCUCAGACGUCCCCGAAGUCGUGGCAGAGAUCGAGAAGAGCGCGGCGGAUGCUGGACGGGCGAAACCAGUCGUUAUCGUCCUGCGAUUAGAUGUUACCGAUUCCACGAGCGUGACAAACGGGGCUCGCGUUUUGGAGGAGCAAUGGGGCCGACUCGACAUACUAAUUGGCAACGCAGGCUAUCUGUCCAAGUACGAGAAGAUCCUGGACGGAGACGAGGGAGAAUGGUGGCGGAACUUCGAGGUCAACGUUCGCGGAAGCUACCUUAUCGCGAGGGCUUUUCUACCCCUAUUGCUGCGAGGCGGAGAUAAGACGAUCAUCAACAUGUCCUCGACUGGAGUCAAUCACUUUCAUAGCGGUGGAAGUGGCUAUCAGCUCAGCAAGUUUACUCUUCUGAGGUUCACCGAGUACCUCAUGGCUGAGUACGCAGAUCAGGUGAGUCGGAUAAGGCGCUUCCCAUGAAAUACCUUGGGUACUUAGACUAUCGUCUUCUAACAUUUAUGUAGGGCUUGCUCGCCUAUUCAGUA